ACAGGCUCCUAAAGUCCACUUAAAUAUCGGAACUCGCCGGCGUCCCCAGUCACGUCGAGACGACGAUUUCACAUUUCGUUUCCCCGUCUCCGCAUUUUAUUUUCCGGUUGAACGAACGUUAAGAUUUUGGUUUUCGAACGGACCGACGAGUCGAUUUUUCUUUUAAUAUCUGAAGGAUUUCAUUCAUUUUCCGGUUUCUUAAAAGUAAUUUAAACAAGAAAUAAUCAAAUUACUCGAUUCCUUUCCGGCCGAUUCAGUCGACCGUGAUUUUGACCAUUUUCCUUUAUUGGAGCCCGAACAUUCGGCGAGGAUUACAGUGCAGUGCUUUUCGUUCCGAACUUAAUCACUUAGACGAGGGCGACGACCCAGUGCACCGAAACCAAGCUUCCCUCUUUAUUUCUUCCCUCACGUUGAACCCUCGGUCCAGGAACAACGAUUCGGUGGGAUCGUCAAAACUCUUUCGAUUCCCCGUCUCACUGGCUUCGGCAUUGGGAAUCCCUUGCUGACUGGAGCCCACUCAUAGGACCUUGAGAUCAAGGUGGAUGAGGGUUUGAGAGGCUGAUCUUAAGAGCGGUAACCGGGUCACAGCCAUGAAAACCGCGGGUCAACUGCAACAGUUCAAAAAAUGCAUCAUCUUGUUCAUGGUGGGAGUGAUUUCCAGUGCUCUCGCGUACGCAGUUCACGUGAUCAAUCCUAUCAAACUUCUUUUCGAUUACAAUCUUGUGAUGAGACCGGAUUCGAGAGUAUUCACGGUAUGGCAAAAACCACCGAUCGAGAUAUUCAUCAGAGUCUACAUUUUCAAUAUCACGAAUCCUGAUGAAUUUCUGAACGGUGAAGAAAAACUCAGGGUCCAAGAAAUCGGUCCUUACGUUUAUCAAGAAUUUUUGGAGAAUGGAAACGUAACGUGGAACGACAACGGUACAGUUUCGUAUGUUCCGAGAAGAAGCAUCGUUUACGUUCCGGAAAUGUCAGUCGGUGAUCCCGGGUUGGAUAUUGUUCGCGUGCCGAAUAUUCCAAUGUUGGGUAUUUAUUCAGCGAUCCACGACGCCGGUUUUUUCAUCAACUACCCCUUAACGCAAUUGGCUAAUUAUCUAAACAGUCAACCAAUAUUGAACAUAACGGUUUACGACUACCUCUGGGGCUACGAAGAUUCGUUGGUGCGUCUCGCCAGUAGCAUUGUACCGAAUUUCAUAAAUUUCCGGAAGUUUGGUCUACUCGAUAGGAUGUACGACGAGGGAGAAAACUGGGUAAAUAUGAAUAUUCGACCGAACAAAAAUAUGACGGAGGAAGUCGGGAGAUACUUGAGCAUAGAGAAGUACAACGGAAGUCCGGGACUCGCGCACUGGGGUUACCAGAAGGAAGAAAAUAACGAGCCGAAUCCAGCGAAUACAAUAUGCAACAGAAUUCAGGGCGCCACGGAAGGCACGCUCUUUCCCACGAAUCUGGACAAAAAUGCUGUUUUCCGUGUCUUCAGAAAAGCCUUUUGUCGUGCUUUUCCGAUUGAAUUCAAAGAUGAAGUCGAAACUGACUCGGGACUCACUGGUUGGAAAUAUUCCCUCACAGACAAUUUUCUCGACCAGCCGGACGUGAAUCCUGAGAACGAGUGUUACUGUCGAAAAAUGAAGACUUGUCUGAAACGGGGAUUAUCCGAUCUUACGCCAUGUUACUACAAUAUACCUGCCGCAGUAUCUCUACCACAUUUCCUCGACGCGGACCCCAGCUUGCUCGAGGACGUUGACGGUCUUCAUCCCGAUGAGACGAAACAUCGAACGAACAUUAUUUUACAACCGGACAUUGGAAUGCCUCUUCACGUUCAUUCACGACUACAAACAAAUCUUGUAAUGGCUCACACAACUUACAACUCCAAAAUCAAAGCUUUCAACGAUAUUACUGUACCCCUCUUCUGGACCGACUUGUACAUUCCCCGGAUGCCGUCGGACCUGUUGCGCCUGGUGAAAUUACUGGUUCAAGUAGCACCGAUAUUACAAACAGUGACGAUCUGCAUACUCGCGAUCACGGGAGUAACAACGUUCGUUCUGUUUUUGAUCAGUACACUGUGGGUUCUCAAUCAACAGAACGAGGAAAUGAAAAAGAAUAGCGAAAGAAGAGAAAGUGCUGAGCUGAGAAUACCCCUCGGUUAUGGUCAAUACACGGCCAUUAGAAUUUUACCAGCAAUCAAAAAAAUUACCUCAAAAACUGAUCUUUUUGGAUAAUAAUAUUUUCUUGACUAAAUCCAAUUGCGAUUUUCAGUUUUUAAAUGAACCACAUUUCGAACAAAAUGAUUGUUUCAAUUGAAUGAUUGAAAUGGCAAGAAACGUGACAAAAUUCAAGAAUUUUUUGAAAACAAAAGUCGAUUAAGUUACAUUAUUUUUAUUUAUUUAAAUUUAUCGAUAAUUCGUUUAAAUUAUCGUUUUUAUACCUACGUUAAAGUGCAAAGCUUUCACACAAGGAUCACGAACAACUUCGUGUAAUAAAAAAAUUGAAAAUAAGUCAAAUUAAUUUCAUAAUGUGUAAAAAAAUGUAUGUAGGAUUUAGUGCUCUUUUUGUGAGACGAUGCAAAACUUUCGUUUGCUCAAAAAAAAAUCAGUCUUGUAAAGCUCAUGAAGCUCGAUUGUUUUUCUAUUCGGGUAAGAAAAGAAACACAAAUUCGCACCGUAGUGUAAAUAUUUAUUUUCUCUUCUCUAUUGUACGUGUCUAAGCUCAAUAUUGGCUCUCUGUCGCACUGCAUCAUGCCCGGUGAGUUGCUCAAUUUUCAAUGGGACGAUCAAACCAGAAACGGACGCAUUUUAUAUUUUCUGCUUAAAAACAUUAUUUCAACGUGAACGUUUGUCUGGCUCAUUUUUGCUCAACUUGUCAUAAAAUUCGAUGACUUUCAAAGGAAUGUUGAAAAAAAAAGGAAUUUUAUCUCGAUUCUAAGGAAUGAAUUUUAUACGAACGAAACGCGAUUGAACUUCGACUGGCAGAGAGCAUAGCCGAGGCGUAAAAAUAUUGUUAGUGAAAAAAAAAGUUUUGGGACAUCGAUCGAAUGACUGUAAAAUGAUUAAACGUGUCCCGAAAUAACAAUUAAUAAGUCCUCAAUCAAAUGGACGAAAAAAGUAGUUUCAUUCCUCCGCUCAAAAAAUAGCCUUUUAAGGAAUUUAAUUUAAAAAAUAUUUGAUAUUGUUGAAGCUCAAUUUUUACAUGUUGUAAGAAACGAAUAGAUGUAACAGAUUUCCGUAAGAAAAGUAAAACUACUGAUUGACAGUGGAAAUAUUUUUCAUCGCGAAGAUCAUUGAACAAAAAUUUUCAAACAGUUCUCUCGAUCGAAUUUUCAUACAAUACGUCAACUUACAAAUUCUUUCUCGAUAUAGAAAUACAAAUGUCAAGGGAUAAUAUUCCGAUUCACGACUCGAAUAUCAAGUCAUAUACAAAUACAUGACAUUACAAAAUAAAAAGAAAAAAUUACAAAAGAGGGUCAUAGCCAGUGAUUUUGGUUAACUGCUUUAAUGUGCAUAAUUUUUAUCGACUCUUUUGUCAAGACGUAAAUACUGUGUUAAAAUUCUCAAAGGAGAAAUCGUUGAACGUAUUAAUUGAAAUAUUAUGUGAGAAAAUUCGAAAAUUUAAAAACGUUUUUACGCUUAAACAGCACCACUAGAUCGUUCAUUUUUGGAAUUCAAAACACUGAUAUUCAUUUUAUGAUUUAGAUUUAAUGGACAAAGACUGACCGGGACCAUGGGUCCUGAUUAUAAAACUAUUGCAAGGGACAAAAUGAAGGAUUUACCAAUUUUAAAUAAGGAAACACUACCGAGGGAGGCUUCAUAGAGUGUUCUCUGAUUUUCCUCCGUUUCAAUUCUUCAGUUAAUUCGUUGAUUAACCAAAUAUUCUCUAUGAUAAUGAGCCGUUAAAAUGUUUGGAAUGAAUUCUGAUGGUGCGAGAAAAAAGAACUUUUGCUUGUUCAGGGGAACUCCAGACUUAUUUUUAACUAGCUAAAAAAAGAAGUAACAAAAAUGACAAAUUAUUGUCAAGUUUUUCCUUGAAUCACAAUAACAAAUAUUCUGGAGCGAUGACCUACAGAUCGUUUAAUGAAAUGCAAAAAAGUCUUAUCGAGUUUUUGAAAUGUGGAGCCCCCUCAAUGUCAAUAAUGCAAUCGAUCGGUGCUAUAUAAUAAGAGAAUAUAACAAUAUGAUUCUCAAGUCUUUAUGUGUGAAGAUCUAGAUCCUAUAAUUCGUUGUACAUAUUAUAGGAAAAAUAUAAUGAUUCAGAGAGGCAGCAUCAUAUUUAAAGAUAAUUGAUUGACAAUAAGCGAUACUGCAUUCAAUGACAAUGUAUUUGCUAUUUUUCUUUAAGCGAAUCAUUGAAAUUGUUUCAAUUAAGAAACUCCACGAAAACAAAUCACUCGAAGAAAAGUCAAAAAUAUUUUAUAAAAAUCCUUUUGAACAGGCCAAUCUCUGAAUCAGUUUUGUAUGUAUCGAGGGGAUUAUUUCAUCGAUGUGAAAAAAAAAAUAUUCAUACUUUUUUUUAUAAAGAAAAACGAAUAUGUCAUUUUUCAUAGCUUUUCACGAUUAUAAUCGAAUAUAUAUGGUGGAAAGGGUUAAUGCAAAACGGUGCAUUAUUAUUGAUAGCUCUACCUUUAUACGUAUUAUUUAUUUCUAAGCUGUUAUACAGGUUAAGCAAAAACUAAAUAAUUGUUGCGUUUUUAUCGGAAUGUUUUGACUAUGAAUUUUUGCGACAAUAGCGCAGUAUUGCUGAACGAGCGAAGCGUAUGAAUAGCUGCUAUACUUCUGUUUAUAUUAUUUGCCUUCCAAUAAAUUCGUACUUCAAAUCGUAGCGUGCUUUUUACAUGCAAAACCAUGCAAAACAAAAUGUCUUUACAUAUCGAAAAAUAUUGUUUCAGCCAAACAUCUACGUACGCAUCGCUCGCUUUCAUUUUUACGCAUCAUUUCAAAGUUGAUACUUUUAUAAUAAAAGUAGUGUAAAUAUAUAUAAGUAGAUUCUUUCAACAAAGAAAACGAAUAAAAACUUCCAACCUGUGCA